GUGAACUUUGUCCCCCCGCGGCCCCGGUAGUGAUAGUAAAACAUGGCGUCUGACGGUGAGGAGGACUUCGUGAGUUACGGGGUUCCUCUGGAGCCUCUGGAAGAAGACGAGGCGAGGAAGAGGCCGGUUCCUCUUCACGACCAGAUGGUGAAAGAUGAGAAGGGAAGGUUUCAGAGGUUUCACGGGGCGUUCACUGGAGGCUUUUCUGCAGGAUAUUUCAACACCGUGGGCACUAAGGAAGGCUGGGCCCCGUCAACAUUUGUGUCGUCGCGGCAACAGAAAUCUGAGAAACAAAAUGCCCGACCGGAAGAUUUCAUGGACGAGGAGGACUUCGGGGAGCACGGCAUCGCCCCGAGUCAGAUCAGAACGUCUCAGGAGUUCACGUCGAGCCGCACAGACAAAACCAGAGAAACAGCGAGAGCCGUGAACGCUCAAAACUCCGUUAUUACAGGAGACACAAAACUGGAGGAACUCAUCGCUCCAGCACGGUCGUCCGUGGGGGUGGAGAUUCUGCGCAGGAUGGGCUGGAGGCAGGGGCAGGGCGUCGGGCCGCGAGUGAAGAGGAAACCCCGCAGGCAGCACCCGGACGGCUCUCUGCUGCCCCCUGCUGGAUCAGAGGACUCUGAGGAUGAGGAUGAGUUCGCCCCGGAGGACGUGACCUUUGCCCCUAAAGACGUGACCCCGGUGGACUUCACACCACGGGGGGGCCUUCAGGGUCUGGGGUACCGGGGUCUGGACCCGGGCCGCGCUCUGAUGGGCCGAGCGGCGCCGGAACACAUCGAUCUGUUCAGACCUCAAUCUGAGGCGAGGAGCCGACUGUUCGGAGGACGAGAGAGAGGAGCGAAGAGAGGGGGCGUCGCUGGAACCGCGUUUGGUAUCGGUGCUCUGGAGGAUGACGAUGAUGAAGAGGUUUAUCAUCGAGACUCCAUGUCCCGGUACGAUAAGGAGCUGGGGGGGGAGGAGCCUGGAGACGGACUGUACGGCUGGACGGCCCCGCAGCAGUACACCAAGAAGAGAGAAAAAAGCAAGGACGCGUCGUACCUGGGGAAGAUCCUGGAGGGUUUCACUCUGGCUCAAAACACUCAGGAGCUGAAAACAAUCUUCCCUCCUCCCUGCCUGCCUCCAGACUUCCGUCCAAUCCGUCGUGUCCGUCCCCCUCCGGACGUGUCUCACCUGUCGGGGGUGAGUCCGGCUCUGGCCGAGGCUCUGAGGCUCUCCAGGGGCCACAUGGUGCCGGAGGUAUCCCAGCAGGGGGUCCCUCAGCAGGGGAGCCGACACCAGCUGGACUCCGGCCAGAGGAGGGCGCUGCUGGGGGAGGACGCCCUGCAGGGUCCCAGCUCCGUCCUGGAGCUUCUGAAGCCUGAAGACAGGAAGCGACUGCUGGACCUCCGAACCUCCACCCCCAACUCCACCUCCCAUGAUGCACUGCGGCGUCCAGAUGUGGGCGUCGGCCUGCAGCAGGAGGCUCUGACAGCAUGGAGGGGGGUGCCGGCGUCCAAUCAGAGCUUCCGACCGUUCGACAAGGACCCGAGCAAACAGGCGCGCUACGACCUGUACCUGAACUGCCUGAAGCAGGGCGACAGAGACGGGCUGGAGCAGAGUCUGGACCCCGGCAUGACGGAGUGGGAGCGCAGCAGAGAGAGAGACGAGUUCGUCCGAGCGUCCAUCCUCUACAGACCGUCCUCCUCCUUCCUCUCCUCUCGCUUCACCAGAGCCAAGAGAGGGGAGGAGGAGCAGCAGGAGGAAGAGGAGGAGGGCAAGGAGCAGGAGGUUGUCGUUGACGACCAGCAGGCGGCGGUGAACAUGAAGAUGUUCGGGAAACUGACGAGAGAAACGUUCGAGUGGCAUCCAGACAAACUGCUCUGCAAGAGAUUCAACAUCCCAGACCCUCACCCUGG